AUGACGGCUCCCUGUUCUCAGUUGGCCCGGCUUCCUCAGCGCCACUGGUUCCGCUUCGUGAGUUUCUUGCGGCCACAGCCCGUGCUGCUGUUGCUUCUGCUGGCGGCCGUGCGUCCGGCGCGCGGCUGGGAGAGCGGAGACCUAGAGUUGUUUGACUUGGUGGAGGAGGUGCAGCUCAACUUCUACCAGUUCCUUGGGGUGCAGCAGGAUGCUUCAUCUGCAGACAUCAGAAAAGCAUAUCGUAAGCUUUCACUAACUUUGCAUCCAGACAAGAAUAGAGAUGAAAAUGCAGAAAUUCACUUUAGACAAUUGGUGGCCAUUUAUGAAGUUUUAAAAGAUGAGGAACGGAGGCAGAGAUGUAUUCUGAUGUUGGCUCUUGGUUCGAGUCUUUGUCCCAUUUUAGAUCGACCCAUCUUAGUUCAUCAGGCAGUAAAGGAGGGCGAGGAUGCACAGGUUACCAAACUGGAUGCUGGGCAGUUAUAUGCUAAAUACAAAGAAACACAAUUGAAGGAAAAGGAAGAUGCAUUGACUAGAGCGGAACUUGAAACACUUCAAAAACAGAAGAAAGUUAAAGUAAAAAAACCAAAACCUGAAUUUCCUGUAUACACACCUUCAGAAAGUACAUAUAUUGAAUCUUAUGAUCAUGGAACUUCUAUAGAAGAAAUUGAGGAACAAAUGGAUGAUUGGCUGGAAAACAGGAACAGAACACAGAAAAAACAGGCACCUGAAUGGACAGAAGAGGACCUCAGCCAGCUGACAAGAAGUAUGGUUAAGUUCCCAGGAGGGACCCCAGGUCGAUGGGAAAAGAUUGCCCACGAGUUGGGUCGAUCGGUGACAGAUGUGACAAGUAAAGCUAAGCAACUGAAGGACUCAGUUACCUGCUCCCCAGGAAUGGUUAGACUUGCUGAGCUCAAGUCAACAACUCAGAAUUCCAAACCCAUGAAGACCUCCACAGCCUUGCCAGAUGACAUCAUCACCCAGCGAGAAGAUGCAGAGGGAAGAGUGGAGGAAGAGGAGCAGGAGGAACUGGAGGAGGGUGCAGGAGAUCAGAAUGGAGCUGGAAUCACAGAGAGUCGGUCUCGGAGGCGGAAGCCAGCCAGAUUGCUUGAGACAAUAACAAAGGUGGAGCCAGAGGAGAAGUUCAGAGCAAAGAGGCAGAAGGACUUUGAUUUGUCAGAACAAAAUGAAUCCAGUGAUGAAGAGAACCAGAAAAAAGAGAGAACUCGUGCUGCAGAGGAGCCAUGGUCUCAGAAUCAACAGAAACUCCUGGAAUUAGCAUUACAGCAGUAUCCAAAGGGAUCCUCUGACCGCUGGGACAAAAUAGCCAAAUGUGUCCCAUCUAAGAGUAAGGAGGACUGUAUCGCUAGAUACAAGUUGCUGGUUGAACUGGUCCAAAAGAAAAAACAAGCUAAAAGCUGAAUAUUCUGAAAGAUGCUGUUCACUUUCAUUUUCCAAAAUGAGUAUUUUUAGGAUCUUAUGCAGAAAUUUGCAUUUUGUACCUCAGUAUUUCUAUACGUCCUGUGCCUUAGUAAAA